AUGGCAGACAUCACCCAGCGCAAGAAGCAGCAGGACAAGCCAAAGGUCUACUACGACACCUACGGCCGCGAAUUCAACCUCCCAGACUUCUCCAUCAAGGAGAUCUACGAGGCAAUCCCUGCACACUGCUUCGAGCGGUCCACCAUCAGGUCCCUCUCCUACGUCGUCCGCGACCUGUUCCUGGUAGCUUGUGCUGGAUACGCAGCUACCUACAUCCACACACUCCCAUCUCUCCCACUCAGGGUCGCAGCGUGGCUCACCUACGCCGUUGUCCAAGGAUGUUUCGGCACAGGUCUCUGGAUUCUUGCCCAUGAGUGCGGUCACUCUGCAUUCUCCCCCUCAAAGAAAGUCAACGAUACGGUCGGUUUCGUCCUCCACUCUGCCUUGCUUGUCCCGUACUUCUCCUGGAAGUUCUCCCAUGCUCGCCACCACCAGAUGACGGGUCACCUGCAAAAGGACAUGGUCUUUGUUCCUCGCACUCGCAACUCCAAGAUUGAGGCAAAGGGCGCAAAGCCAGAGGACUACCCAUUCAUGGAGCUGAUGGAGGAAACCCCUAUUGCAACAGCUUGGGCCCUUUUCUUGCAGCAGGUUGGCGGCUGGCCCGCAUACCUCUUCAAGAAUGUCACUGGUCAACCUUACCCAGAGCACUCAACAGCAGCCAUCAACCACUUCUGGCCCUUCUCGCCUCUCUUCAAGUCUGAGCAGCGCGUCGAAAUCGCCCUCUCCGACCUCGGCCUCGCCUUUACCAGUCUGUGCCUCUACCUCGCCUACAACAAGUUUGGUCUUGCUGCCGUUAUCCUGUACUACGUGCUUCCUUACCUCAUCGUCAACAACAACUUGGUCAUGAUUACGUUCCUUCAGCACACCGAUCCUGCUCUGCCACACUACCGCGAGGGCGAGUGGAACUACGCUCGUGGUGCUUCCGCCACCAUUGACCGUGAGUUUGGCUUUGUUGGUCGUCACCUCUUCCACGGGAUUAUUGAGACACACGUCUGCCACCACCUCAUCGCUCGUAUCCCUUUCUACAAUGCCGAUGAAGCGACUGUGCACAUCAAGAAGGUCAUGGGCGACCACUACCAGCGUGACGACACCAACUUCUUCGUGUCCCUCUUCCGCGCCAUGCGUACUUGUCAGUUUGUCGCAGAUGAGGGAGAUGUCGUCUUCUACCAGAAUGCUCAUGGCCUCGGCCACAACGCAGAUGGACACCUCAACCGUGUCAAGUAG